AGAUUCGAACAUCCAGUUUCCGCUUCAACCAUUCCGGUGAGCUCCGGUUACAGAGAAGUUUAUUUUCUUAAAAAUUACUAACAGAAAUUAGAAAUUACCAUGUCAGCAACAGCAGCAGUAACACCUAGUUCAAGCGGCCCUGUUGGGAAACUACGUUUGAUUACGUACCUGUCACCAGGAAUACCCAUACAAUUAUUUGAAACAAUACUACAUUAUUUAGAGGAAGUGACUGGAAGGGAGGGCUAUAUUAUUCACGAGUCAAGAUGGAGUGGACCCCCAGCAGAAAGAGUCGACCCUUUCACCUCAGAUGAUGUUGAUAUAGGGUUUAUGUGUAGUACAGGAUUUAUGAGAUUACAAAACGAGAAGAAUGGAUUUGUCGAGUUAUGUAAAGCUGCUCCGAUACACGUUCAUCCGAAAGGACAAAACAGACCAAUUUAUUUCUCCGAUGUUAUCAUUGAUAGUUCAAACAAGACCAAAUACAAGGAAUUCCAAGAUUUAAAGGGACACAAAUGGGCAUACAACGAUCAACUGUCAUUGAGUGGUAAUCUCAUUGUACUCAAACAUUUAAAACAGAUGGGAGUCAACGCUAAUUUCUUUGGAAAUAUAAUUCACUCAGGUGGUCAUCUCAAGUCUAUAGAAAUGGUGUUAGAUCAUACUGUUGAUGCAGCAGCCAUUGAUUCUAAUACACUGACGGCUUACUUCCGAAAAAAUCCUCAUAUGAAAGGUCGUUUAACAACUAUAACAUCAUUUGGACCACUUCCUAUAUAUCCUAUAGUUUUUAAUUCAAGACUUCCGGGUGAUGUAAAAGACAAAAUAACUCAAGCAUUGAUAGAUAUGAAUAAAAAUCCAAAAUGGCGAGCGAAACUUAUAGCAGAGGGUGUUAGCGGCUAUGUAUCUAUAGAUAUGUCAUUAUUUGAUAUAGAAACCGAAAUAAGGGAUCUUGUUAAGGGCUUGAGUAUUGCUGCCGCCUAUUAUUAAAGGGACGAGAACACUUUGAUUUAGAUCUAAAUAAAGGGGCUGAUGACUGGACGUUGCAGUUACUGGAUUUAAGCAGCUUGAUUUCUGCACCUUCGCUCUUCUUACCUGUUGAAGCAGACAAUUCACAUGCAUUUAGUUUUUUCGGAAUUGGGUAAUAGUUUAUUAUUAUUAGGAGAUUUUGGUCAUGGGUAGUGACUGCACCGUCCAUGAAAUUCACCAACAUUUGUGAAAUUCGUUCUAUUUCUGGAUACAAUUACUUGGUUUAUUAAAAUUAUACUGCAACAUUUCAACAAGAUUUCACAAGUCGCUUUCAAGCAAAUACCUAACAUACAAAAACGACUUGUGAACUCUUAAUCUUUAAAUGGCAUUUAUAAACUGGAUUUAAAAUACAGAUGUGACGUCAUCCUUUGAUGUUGGCGUACUUUUAUUUCCAAUAAUGCACGGACAACUUGCUGAUCGUACAUUAUCUAUACUAGAUGAAAUAUUGGACUUGCGUGACGUAUUUCAUUGAAAAGCACGUGGGAGAUAGUGUCUGUGUUUUAAGUUGUUUAAUGAUCUCGAGCUAAAGACAUUGCGUAAUAUAUUGAAACAACACUCGGCUUACGCCUCGUGCAGUAUCAAUAUAUAACUUAAUGUCUCGCUCUCGACCAUCAAACCAGAGAAACAACAAAAUCACAUACUUAUGGAAAACAGCUACUAGUGUAUUUUAAGGCCAUGUUUCGAAGAGUUGUGAAAUGUUGCUAAAACGUUGCAGUAUAAUAAACCAAGUGAUUGUAUCCAUACUAAGUAUUCUAGUAUUAUAUCAUAAAUCAACGGCUAAAUGUCUCUCAAUGAUUAUAUGAUUACAUAAAAGCAGGCCUGGAAUUAACGGUUUUAGAUGUACCAGACAAAAUGUCAGACACUAAUGAAAUAGUACCUGACAUUUACAACUUAGUGGCGGACAUGUAUUAAUAAUAUCAAUAAAAAAGACAAAUCAGGUGCCUGACAAAGCCUGAAUCUGUGACUGACAUUGUCUGUGACAGGUGUGACAUUGUCUGUGACCGAUGCCUUAUUUCCAGGCUUGCAUAUAAGCAUGAGAAAAUUUACAUUUGAUUUUGGCACCAAGCAGAUUAAGAUUUUAUUUCGAUUGCCUCUCAACAAAUGAAAAGAUCAAAUUUAAUUAAAUCAGUAAUUUUAUUUUGAUCUGAAUCAAAGAGAUCGUGUCUUUUUAAAUAGCAAUCUGAUUAAAACACAGAUCCUAUUUCGUUUCGUUUUUAUAGUUCAAAAUUUCGUUUUACUUGUCUUUACUACACUUGGAUCUGGAAGAGUUGUUAUUUAACUCGUGUUCUGAAUGGUGUCAGGGAUAAGCCAAUGAAACAGUCUGUUACGGCAAGCUUUAGGCGUGUUUUGCAUGGAACUGUGGGUAAUCCACUAGUAACAUCAAUGCUGAUUGGUUAAUCAAAUAUCUGACAUCAUAGGGUCAUAAGUCAGUCUUUUGACCCCUGACGUGACCUAUCGCUAUAACUUGUCAGAUCUUCAUGUAGUGUAGGCCAUCGAAAGUAUAAAAACACUGAAACGAAAUAUAGAUCUGUAUUUUAGUCCGAUUGUUUAAAUAGUGAAUCGUUGACUGUAUAAAUAAUCCUUUAAUCUCAUGACAGAAUUGUAUCUAAACCUAAACAUAUAUAUAAAUACAGGUAUAUUAAAUAUUCUUGAUAUUUACAUAAUGGACCAAUCAAAGUGCAUUACUAAGUUCUUUUCUCUCUCUAUAUGUCUCUCUCUCUUCAAUCAUUUUUCAAAGUUUAAUGUCGUGGGUUUUCUUCGGUCCUCCGGUUUCCCACACUGCUAAUGACCCCUACGCUUAAAUGAAUUAUUAAAAUAAAAUUGAACCAUGUGUUAGUCCAGAAAUAACCUAAUUUGUGUCAAGUGGACGUUAAACUCUCUCUCUCUCUCUGUAUAUUGGCUGGCCUUGUAAGGAUAUAUUUUCAGUAUUAUGAUUAUUUUAUAGUGGUUUCAAUGGCCUGUUUGAUGAUUUAAAUUCAACAGACAUAAAUAUGAGGACAUACCAAUUUAAUCUUGGGGAUUACUUAUUAAAAUGUUUUUGCUUCCUUCCUUUAUCUUGGGAACAAAACAUAGUUCAUAAGAAUAAUGGCUACUUGUUUAUCGAUAUCCCAAUGAAAUAAGAAUUGGUUUGGCCUGAUUAAAACUGGAACACUCCCACUUCCAAAUAUAAGAGAAAUGAGACCCAUCUAUUUGGCACUAUUUUUGAUUGUUUAUUUGGCAGAUAUGGCUAAAAUCGAACCAAUUUCUUGGUCACUUUAUUUGAUAUUUUUUCUGCAAAGAGGGGCUUUAAUCCUUUAGGACUUGGUACAUGUAUAUUGACUACGCAUGCAACACCCCCAAAUUCAGAGUUUGUAGCAUUCUACUAGGAGCCAUAGUGGCUAAGUCAGUAAGGCAUUCGUACACCAGACAGCUAGGUCUUUGCUUCAAUCCUGGUGUAGGACGAGAAAGAUCCCCAGGAUUUUUCUGCGUUGCUUCCACUCGUCAGUGGCGCAGGACUAAGGACCUUGCAAAGAACAUCUAGUCAUUUGGAUGGGACAAAAAAAACAAAGUCCCAUGAACCCUUGGUAGUUAGAAUUUGAUAAAGAGUAAGCAGACAACGAGAAACCACACCGGAAAAUCCAAUAACUUUAUCAUCUGAUUCCCAGUACAUGUUUUGUGUAAUAAAUAUUAGCAACUGGGCCCGAGAAGGACAGCUGUCUAGUCGUCCGUAUGGGACGAAAAACCGAGGUCCUGUGUACACAUUGGCAUGCACGUAAAAGAUCCCUUGGCAGUUGGAAUUCGAUAUAAGAGUAGAUCAUAGUGCUGCUGUCAAGGCAAAAUUCCCCUCAUAGCACAAUGCAUGGUGUAAACCUGUCUUCAUUAACCCAGUUGGUGUAGAGAAACAGUACAUAAAACCACGAUUAAAUUCAUUUAUAUUUGUAAAUUGAUUGAGAUUAUAUUUUGUUAAUCGAACAAAACAAGUGAUACUAAUUAUAAAGAUAUUAUAUUUUGUUAAUUGUUAAUCAAAUUUAAUGUUUAAUGGUGUACUGGUAUCUAUCGAUAUUGUGUUGAAAGAUUUAUUAAUUAUUUUAAAUAUUGUUAAUUAUUGUUAAUUAUGGAGUUUGUAUAUUCUUUGAGAGAGAUAAACCUUGUGUCCAAGCGAUUAUAUGUCAUUUUGUCUGCUGAGGCUGUCUUCAUUAGCCCAGUCUGUGCAGAAAAGUAGGACGUUAGACACCAUAUAACUUACACACCACCGCGCGCUGUAUCAUACGGUCUGCCAUUGAGUCAACUGGCAUGGUUUCGAUUCUCCGGUUGUACGUGACAAGGAGUAGGGUCGCCUGUCCAACCUCGUGGGUUUUCUCCGGGUCCUCCAGUUUCUUCCCACUGCUAAAGACCCUACACGCAAGCCAAUUAUUGAAAUAAAAUUGAACCAUGUGUUAGUCCCGAAAUGACCUAGUUUGUGUCGAAUGGACGUUAAACCCCAUUUCUCUCUCUCACUUACACACCUCCAGACGUAUAUCUUCCAUAGCAACUGUUGAUGUUUUAAGAUGGCUAUUCUGUAAAGUCACUACGGGUUGAUGGUUGAUAUUGAGGUAAUAAUUCACCUCAAAUAACCACAUGCUUUAAAUUUCACAUGCACAGGGUAAGCAGUAGUUGAUAUUAGGCAAUGCAAUAAUCUUUUGUGUUGAUGAGUAAGUCAGAUAGCAAUCUAUUUCCACACAUGUAUUUCGAAACAAAACCUACAGACUUCGCCCAUUCGAUUUUUAUUUUGAAUAACAACCUGGAACUACAUAUUAGGCCACCAGAAUUUUACUUUUUCAGGAUUAUUGAGCAAGUAAAUAAAUUUGGAGUGAUUAUCAUAAACAGGAAGGGAAAAUAAUUUUUUUAUAUUUUUAAAUUGUGACAAAAUAAAUCAAGAGUAGCAAAUCCUGAAGAAAUAAAAAUAAAAUUAAUCAACUCACGAUGCUAUCAGAUUCUCAAGCUAUUAACUAGAUUAGAACGAUUCGGCCAUUUAAUGAAUAAAUUUUGAAAUGAAGUAGCGAGUCUUAAGUUUUGACCAGGGGCCUGUUUCACGAAAUCUAAACUAAAGAUAAAAUCCAAAUUUUAGUAGAUACUUCAAUUUUGAUUGGCUAAGGACUAAAAUUAAUUUAAUAUUAUCCAAUCAAAUUACUAAAAUUUGGAUUUUAUCUUAGUUAAAAAUUCGUGAAACAGGCCUCUGGACCUUUGUUACGAUAAUAAACAUGUUAUCAAAACUGCAAAACAGUGAUAACUUGGCUCAGAAUAAAGUAAUUUAAAUGAUAUUUUAAAUAUAUUCAUUUUACAUUAUCUAUUUUUUUAACUAAUAUAGCACAAACGGCCAUCUUUCAUAAUGUAUCUAUAAGAAAACAAUAUUAUUCAAAAGUAGAAAAUCUCCCGGUUUAUAAUCAAUCAGAUUAAAGUUAGGCCCAUUAAAAGAUUUUAACAAAGAUUACAGGUAGCGCUGGCUUUGACCAUAUCUCGUUAAUAUGUUAUGCAGUAGUUUACCUUUUGUUUUGAAUAUGUUUGCUCGUUGUAUAGACCAUAUUAUGUCAGUGUAUACAUUUAUGUUAUACAAGUUUAAUUAUUUUGUUGUCAUUAUUGAUUACGCAUAUUCCAGCUCAUUAACCAUUGCUACAUUUACGGCGACGGCCCUGCAAAUUUUAGGACAUAUGACAUCAUAUGAUUGUGGGUUAGGACCUGCAGAUUUCGUCAAAGUCUUGAGAUGUAAACAGGGCUGGUGCUAACCCUAACCCUAAUGCAUAAUCCACAUAUGACGUCAUAUGUAAAGGACUGUCUCCGAUCUAUCUUUCUCCGUUUCUGAUUUGUUGGAGAAAAAAUCAUUUAAAGACAAAAAGUCUUUGUUUGCUCUUAUCAAAAGCUUUUAGUUUCAAACUUUGAGGGAGCUGCAAUUAGUAAGGCGGUGGCUAUCUAAAUAAUAGUAGGAUGUAGUGCCACUGCCUGGGCAAGAUUCUCUCAUAGCGCACUGUAUGGGGUAUGCCCAUCUUCAUUAGCCCAGUCAGUGAAGAAAAAUAGGGUCUUAAAGCCCAUUUCAUUUCCGAAUUUUCAAGAUCUGAAUUUUGUUUACAAGACAAGGUGGCUGUUUAUUUAUUAAAAUCCUGCCUUUACCUACGGUGGUCAGGAAAUUAAACACUUGUAAAUUGGACACUCAUUAUCAAAAUUAAUCAGUCAGCUUUAAACUGGACACAAGUACAAAUUAGAUGACUUUGGAUGAUUUUAAAUGAUUUUUACAAAUUUUUAAACAAAGAUUUGAUAUUAAACGAAUGUUAAAGAAAUUAGUGCUAGAUAUACAAGAUUAAAUGAUACCUAGAUGUAGCAAUGGUUAAUCAGCUUGUUACCUUGUUUAGAUGUUUGAUUGUUACAUUAUUAAUUGUUUGUAAGGAAAUAUUUAAAAGUGCUAUAAAAAAUUUAUCGAGGUUUCAAAGAUGAUUUGAAUAUAUUGACAAGAUGUAUGGGUAAUUUUAAUUUUAUUUUAUUUAAUGCAACCAAUCGUCAUUUGUAUUUUUCGGACAAUAUUUAAUUUUUUACGACUUAUUCCAAUCUAAAAUGUACUCGGGUUGAUUAUUAAACAUAUA